AUGGAAAAUUAAUUAGACUAACCGAUAAAAAAAAUAAUUUAUUAUAUAGAAAAAAUAAUUACUUUUCUAAUAAAAAUACACAAAGACUAAAGUGAAAAAAUAGCCUAAAAGUAUAUAUAUAGGGCCUUAUAAUUACCUAUAAGUGCAUAAAAAAGGAAGUUUUAUUUAUUAAAUGUUUUAUUACCUUUUUCAAGUAUUUAAUUCAUUAUUUAAACUGAUUAAAAUUUAAUUGAAGAACUAAUGAAAGCUUGUGGAGAUUUCUAUAUUUUGCCUUCUGGUAUACUUUUGAGUAAAAUUCUAGAGAGAAUUUUUAAAGAAAUUUGUAAUGAAAAUCCUUAAUAAUUAAGAUCAUUUUGGGAAAAAUAAUAUUUUUAAAUUCUAUAAAAUUCUAAAUUACAUGUAGUAAAGGGAUUAAUAAAUACUGUGAAUCCCAUUUUAGUUUAAAUAAGUAAAGAGAAUGUCACUUAUAUGGUCUAGAAUGUACUCAAUGAUCAUUUUUUACCCAAAAAUAAAAACUAAAUGUGGCUUUAUAUCUCUUUUUUGAAAUUGGCGAGAGAAAACAGCCUUAUCUAAUAACAUGAAAGUCAUUUUUCAUUGUAAGCAGAUAAAGAUAUCAUUAUUAAUAAAUAAUUAUUGGAAGAACUUAUUUUAUGUAAGGAUAGAAACGUAGUCUUGAAUACUUUAGAAUUCCUUAUUUCUCAUCCCAAGCCUUCCUAAGAGCCAUCUAAAAUAGAAUUUGAUCUUAUAGAGCUUUUUUUAAAAUACGGUAUAAGAACUUCUUAUGCAGAAUACAGAAAAGGUUAUUUAUGUAUAUUUAAGAGAUUUUUAGAAAGACUAAGAUUAGUAUUUGAGAAUUACAAAUAAAGAAGUAAGAAUAAAAAGGAACUAAUUAACGAAACCCAUUAUAUAAACUUCCAGACUUUCCUAAAAAACAUAACCAACUUUAUAUUUUCCUAACUAUAUCCAGAAGUAAGUUUUGAAUUAGGAAAUCCUUGUUUAGAAUUAAUAAACUAUAUUUUACAAAAUUUCCCUUAAAAAAAGCCUAUAGAAUAUAAAAAAGGUGAAAUAAUAAACCCUUCAUAAAUCCUCCAAAACGCCAACCCAGAUUUAUUUUCAAGAGAAAACUUCGAAAUUUUGCUUGUAUAAACGCGUUCAAUGUGGGAAUCAAUAAGAAUUCUUUCUAUAAAUAUAUUAAAAGGCUUCUAAAUAAAAAGCGUUUAAAAAGACUACAUAAAAAAGCUUUAUAUAGAUAGUCUAGAACUUUGUAAAAGUCCUAUUAUAAAAAAUUACGAAUGCGGGGCUAAUAUAUUAAUGAUUUUAUAUGAAAACUAUCUAUCUGAAUUGGAACUAACACCGGAAAUGUUUAUUGAAGAAAUCCUUUAAAAAGUCGACUCUUCUUUUUUAAUUUUUAAACAAUCUUUUUUAAACGACAAUCUUCUUUUUUAAUAAAAUCUUAUUCACGGCUAUAUAACUUUACUUGCUUUAAUUAUAAAAUAAAUCUCAAAUUAGCUUUUUUUGAAAAAAACACUAACUAAUUUAUUCUAAAUAAUGUCCAAAAUUUUAAAUUUUACAACUUAAAUUUCCUCCGAAACAGUCUAUUCGAUUUUCACUUAGAAAGAAAAUAACGAUAAUUUUUUCAAAAAUAAUCAAUUAUAAAUAGACUGUAGGGGUCAUAUAGUAAAUGAAAAAGCCUAAUUUGUCUAAAAUAUGUAAAAAAUAUUACAAGGAAAUACUCUUUUAGAGGCUUUAAAAUAAUAAAAUGAACAAGAUCAAGACGAAAACGAAGAAAAAAGCGAAAAUUUACUAGUUGUUGCUUUUUAUUUAAUUUCCCGAGAAGCCGGUUUUUUAUUUUAAACCAUUUCUAAUAUAGUAAAGGAAUUCCAAGAAUAAUAAAUAGAGAAAAUUCUCGAAAAAAAAGAACUCGAAAAUCUCGUAAACGAGUUUUUUAUAGCCUUAAUUAAUAUAAAACACUUAGGUUCAAUAGAUAGAAUUUAAAUAGGACUAGGAAUGCUUUGUAGAACCAUGAAUGAGAGCAAAAAUCCCAUUUUACCUCAGCUUUCAAGUGAUCUAUUGCAAUAAUUACUCGAUAAUAUCGAAAAUAACACCUUUAAAAAUGUUCUUAGGAGGUCUGCAGGUCUCCCUAGUGCUGUAGUGUGUUUAUUAAAAGCUGAAAUAGCUGGAAAUAGAUAGGUAUUAUUAAAUAAGACUGUAAAAAGGCUACUUGAGAUGGUACAAAAUCCGAAUUUAGUUAAUAAUAUAAAGAUACAUUCGUUAAAUAUCCUAAAGAAGAUAUUCGAAGAUGGGAAUAUAAAAAUGGAAGUAGAUAAACAUAUGGGAGAAGGUUUCGAAAUUGCCAUAAAAGGUUUUUCUAUUGAAGAUUGGAGUAUAAGAAAUUCCAGUUUAAUGCUUUUUUCAGCACUAUGUAGUAGAGUAAUUGGUGGAUGUAAAAACCCAAAUGCUUAAAAUGUAAAAAGUAAAUUAAAUGUAGUUGAGUUUUUUGCCCGAGUACCUUGUUUGCUGGAUUUCUUUUAAAAAGAAUUAUAAAAAUUCGUUUUUAGUAAUUUUUAUGAAAAUAGUUAGUAUCCACCUAUUUAUCCAAUAGGACUUUUAUUAAGUAGAUUAUUACCAUAUGAUUUAAAGAAUUAAAUAUAGAAAAAAAAUAAUAAUAACAAUGAUUUUUUAUAAUAAUAAUAAGAAGAUAUAGAAAAUAUUUAAGUUUUUAUUUCAGUUGAUAAAGUUAAAGUAAUGUUACCUUUAAUUAUACUUUGUGCUAAAAAUAAAAAUUAUAUGGGAAGAGUUAUGUUAGCUAAAGCAGUUUUGCCUUUUUUAAAUUUUGAAAAUAUUCAUUUAGAAGCAGUUAAGUUGUUGAGGGAAAAUAUCUAGAAUAUAACGGGUGUUAAGAAAGAUCAUAAUUUUACUCAUGGAGUACUUUUGAUGGUUUUCUUUAUUAUAUAGAAUUAUUAUUUUAUGUGUGAAGAACUUAAUAUUGAAUACGGAAAUUAGGAAAACUUACUUUUACUACAGUAGGAAAUUAGUAAGAGGAAAUUUUUAAUUUUAGACAUAUAAUGUCCAGUUGUUUAAUAUACUUAUUUAGAUAUAGUAAAAUUACUUUAGAAGAAUCUAAAAGGGAAUAUAUAAUUUUAGUAAGAAUUUAAUACUAUUUUAUAAUUUGUGGAGCAAUUUGUCGAAAAGGAAGUUUAAAAAAAUACUCUUAGAAUCACUAAUGAUAUGGGUCAUUCAGUUUUAAGGAAAAAAAUUUUAAGGUUUCAUUUAGAUUCCAGUAGUUUAUAAAAAAUAGGAGAAUUAUUAAUUAUUAUGAUUUAAAAAUAUGAAAAUAAACCAGAAAUGUAUAAAGAAGAAGAUAAUGAGUUUUUAAGAAUUAUUUUGAAGUAUUUUUUGAGGAAAUUGAAAAAAAACGAAAAUUUUACAAAUGAAAUUUUUUUCAAAUAAAUACUUUAAAAUUUAUAAUAAAUAUUAGAAAAUCAAGAAAAAAGUCACGUUUUUUAUUUUACAAAUUGUAUUUAGUUUUUGGUAAAAAUACUAUUUAAAAUUGCUUCCUUUUUUGAUAAUUUUAAUUUUUAACCUUUUGUCUAAAUUUUAAUUUCUUUGGAAAAAAAAUUCUAUUAAAAUGGACUUUUAAUAAAAUAAUUAAUUAAAUUUUCAGGAUUUUUAAUAUAAAAAAAACUACUUCAUAUCGAUUUCUAUUUAAAAAUUUGCGAAUAAUACUCUUCUUCAACUUAAUUAGACUUUUUAAGAAUUGCAGUUAUUAAAUCACUUAAAAUUUCAAUGAAAACACUCCUCGAAGAUUUAAAAUAUGAAUAUUUUUUGAAUUUUUCGAAUGUAUUUUUGAGACUUUUACAAGAUGAAGUACCCGAAAUAAGAUAAAAAAUGAGUAGUUUUAUUUCGAAGUAUAUAUUAGGAAAAAAUAAAAGUACUAUAUUUGAAUAUACACUAAAAAAAUAUUAUUCUCUUUUAGUAAAAUAAUGUUAAAAUAAUUAAUAAUAAUAAAUUCUUCUUUUUAACUUUUUACUUAAAUAAAUUUUCCAUAAUGAAUACUUCAGUAUAAAAAAAACAAAUCAUUUCGAAAAUAGGAUAUUUGCUUAUGAUAAGGCGAAUAAAUUUAUUGAUGAUAUGAGAAUAAAAAAAUAUGCUUUUAAAGCUGUUUUUAAGUUGUUAGUUAUAUAAAAAAAUAAUAAUGUUUUUUCUUCUAAUAAUUUGGAAAUGUUUGUUUAAUAAAAUAAGAGUUUGUUUUAAGAUUUGAGUAAUGUAAAUUAAGAUAGAAUUUAACAAUAUUAAAAAUAAUUUUAAAAUAGAGAUGAGGUAAUUAUAUAAUAUUAAAUUAAUAUUUUAAUUUAUUUUUAAUAUUAUUAUUUAAGUAUGAAUUCGAAUGUAUUCUAAAUUAAUAUAUGUAUAAGAAUAUUAAAAAUUAUUUAGAAAAUUAAUAAAAAAAAAUUAAUUUUGAGAUUUUAAAAUACCUUUAUGUUAGAUUUUUUAAUUGAAUUCUUUAUGCUUUAAAAAAACCCCAAUAAAUUAAAUAAAUAUUUAUAAUAUUUAAUUAUUUUAUAAAAAUAUACAAACAUAAAAAUAAAAUAUUAAAAAAUAUAUUUAUAUGUAUAUAUAAAAUAUUUAUUUAUUUUAUUAGUACAUUUAUAUUUAUAUAUAAAUUAUUAUUUUAUAAUUUUAUAUUUAAUAAUUUGUAUAAUUUAAUUUUAUUCCUAUUAAUAUAUUAAUAUAAUUUUAACUUUUUAAAUCUAAUAAUAAAUAUUUUUAUUCAUUAAUUAUAAUUUUUUUUAUUUUAUAUUUUUCUAAUAUUUUUAUAAAUAAAAUAAUACUAAUAUUAUUUUUGAAAUUAAAAUCUACGAUUUUUUUCUAAAAUUUAUUUAUUUUCAAUUUAUAAUAUUUAUAUUUAUUUUAUAAAUAAUAAAAAUUUAUUAUAUUAAUUUAUAAUUAUAAUAAUAAUUUAAUUUAACAUUUUGUUAAUUAUUAAAAAAUUAAUUAAAUGAUUGA